AGAGAGAGAGAGACGGAGAGAGAGAGAGAGAGAGAGAGAGAGAGAGAGAGGAGAACACUUUCAAACACGUCGGCAUAAAUCUGACAUCCACAGCUGCCCCCCUCCACCACCUCCUCCUCCUCUCCCCCCACCCUCCAUUCUUUCGUCUCCUGACGGACUUCAUCACUUUAUCCCUCUGUGCAGUUCCUCCGAUGCCCGAGACCGGGGUGAAACAACGGAUUUUUCCCUCUUGAGCAUGAAAAGGAUUGCCAAAUCAUCCGCAAUCCAACAUCAGCGCCCGAGCCGCCAGCAGCAUGAGCACUGGAUACAUAUGCUCCAGCAGAAGUUGUGGGCUAGAGAACUAACACGUCUCGGACCACAGACACAGCAGAGAGGGGAGAGUCAGUUUUAGGUCUCCACAUAAUGGAGCGAGAAUGAACGGAGAGCGGCUUAAAAAAAAGCAUGAACUGGAGGUUUAUUGAGGUCAUCUGCUUCCUGUUUAUAUGGGACCAUAUAACAGUUCAGUCUUCCCGCCAGGACCCAUUGGCAACUGAGCAACAUGUCACCAAGCAAUAUGACUGGCUCAUCUCUGACCGCGGACCUUUCCACCACUCUCAAAGUUAUCUGUUCUUUGUGGAAAAAUUCAGCAAAGGAUUUACGACCAGAUAUAAAAUUUAUAGGGAAUUUGCACGUUGGAAGGUGAGGAACACAGCGAUAGAGAGAAGGGACCUGAUCCGGAACCCUGUGCCACUCAUGCCCGAGUUCCAGCGCAGUGUACGCUUGCUGGGCCGUAGACCUACGACUCAGCAGUUCAUUGAGACCAUCAUUAAAAAAUAUGGAACACACAUUCUCAUCUCAGCCACCCUGGGAGGAGAGGAGGCGCUCACUAUGUACCUAGCCAAGAACAAGCUGGACAGGAAGCUUGUUAACACUACUCAGAACGUGGAGGCCCUUCAUCAGCUGGCCUCAUCAUACUUCAUUGACCGUGACGGCACGAUGAGGAAACUGCACGAGAUCCAGAUUUCGACCAAUGCCAUCAAGGUGACAGAGACACGGACAGGACCACUGGGGUGCAGCAGCUAUGACAAUCUGGACUCAGUCAGCUCAAUCCUUCUGCAGAGCCCUGAGAGCAAGCUUCAUCUGCAAGGUCUUCAGGUCAUUUUCCCAGAGUACCUGCAGGAGAAGUUUGUCCAGUCAGCUCUGAGCUACAUUAUGUGCAACGGAGAAGGAGAGUACGUGUGCCGUAACAACCAGUGCAUCUGUCAGUGUGCCGAGGAGUAUCCACAAUGCAACUGUCCCACCACCGACAUCCAGAUCAUGGAGAAAACCCUGCUGGGGAUGUCUGAGUCCUGGGCUGCCUCUUACAAAGACUUUGAGAGCUCUGAUGAGUUCAAGUCUUUCCUGAAGAGGUUGCCCUCCACUCACUUCCUGCCCAUCAGCAGUGUGCAUCUCCUGUGGGGCAGUGACUGGGACCUGCAAGCCCGCUAUAGGCUGCUCCAGAGUUCCCUGGAGAUCCAGCGGCUCAAGAUCCAGCGCACCGCCCGCAAGCUCUUUGGUCUCAGCAUCCGUUGUCACCACAACCCUAACCACCAGAUGCCUAGGGAGAGGUCUGUGAUGCAGUGGCUAAACCGGGUUCAGUCUUUUCUCUACUGCAACGAGAAUGGGUUCUGGGGGACCUUCCUGGAGAGCCAAAGGACAUGCGUGUGCCACACUGGUGUAACCCUGUGCCAGAGACCCAUCCCAUGUGUCAUAGGUGGCAACAACAGCUGUGCCAUGUGCAGCCUGGCCAACAUCUCACAAUGUGGCUCCUGCAACAAAGGCUACAAGUUGUACCGCGGGCGCUGCGAGCCCCAGAAUGUGGACUCAGAACGAAGCGAGCAGUUCAUCAGCUUCGAAACGGAUUUGGAUUUUCAGGACCUGGAACUCAAGUACCUCUUGCAGAAGAUGGAUUCACGGCUUUACAUUCACACGACGUUCAUCAGUAAUGAGAUCCGCCUCGAGACAUUCUUUGACCCUCGGUGGCGUAAGCGCAUGUCCCUGACACUGAAAAGUAACAAAAACCGGAUGGACUACCUUCACAUGAUAAUUGGUCUGUCAAUGAAGAUUUGCCAGAUGCGAAAUAGCAGUAUUGAUCCCAUGUUCUUUGUUUAUGUCAACCCUUUCAGCGGCAGUCACUCAGAGGGCUGGAGCAUGCCCUUUGGUGAGCACGGUUACCCUCGCUGGGAAAAAGUACGGCUGCAGAACUCCCAGUGUUUCAAUUGGACUCUUCUGCUGGGCAACCGGUGGAAGACCUUCUUUGAGACGGUGCACAUCUAUCUGCGUAGUCGCGCUAAGAUCCCAACCGGCUUACGCAAUGACACAGGGCAGGGUCCAGUGGAUCUUGGAGACCCUAACAAACGGCAGAUCUACAUAAAAAUAUCUGAUAUUCAAGUUUUUGGCUACAGCCUGCGUUUCAAUGCCGACCUGCUCCGUAGUGCCGUGCAGCAGGUUAACCAGUCGUACACGCAAGGAACUCAGUUCUACUCAUCCUCAUCUGUUAUGCUCCUGCUACUGGACAUUAGGGAUCGGAUUAACCGCUUAGCCCCUCCAUCGGCCCCCGGCAAACCCCAGCUGGACCUCUUCUCUUGUAUGUUAAAGCAUAGGCUCAAGCUCAACAACAGUGAGAUGAUUCGAGUUAAUCAUGCCUUGGACAUGUACAGCACAGAAAUACUAAAACAGUCAGAUCACCUGACUGCUAAACUUUGUUGAGCAUAAUAACAUUCACACAAGGACAACAAACUAAACACACAGACACCCAACAAGUGGACUAUAACGGGGUAUUAAUCUUAAUUUCUUUCUCGUUUUCAUUUUUGGACCUUUUCUGCCUUUUGAUGUAAUAUUAACUUUGUAACCACGAUUCUUAACAAGAGAAAAAAAAAGAAAAAAAGAAAGGCAGUGAUAAAAAGCAUUUCAGGAAGAUAACGAAGAUAAACGGAUAAACUCUAAGGACUGUAUCAUAUUUGUUCCAGCAUGUCUGUCAUUCCCUAAAACAACUUACAAGAGAGAGAGAGAAAAAAAGAAAUAUAAAUGUAUGUACCAGUGGAAAAGAGGCCUUGAUUUUAGUCCAAGGGAUCAAAGGUUUUAUCUGAAACUGCCAUUCUUUACUGAGCAAAAAAGAAGACGAAGAAAAAAAAAAGUUUUUAAUGGAGAAAUGACAACACAAGGGCAGACCCGAUAUCCUUUUAUUUCCGCCAAUGUUCAAGAAUAUUUGACACGCAAACGGACAGUUUAAUAUCACAGAUGUUUAUACAUUGUAAGGAUAAAAUAGCCCUAGUGAGUAAAUUAGUGAACACAUUACCAAUAGACUCUUUAUAACAUUUCAAAUCCACAGUGAGUCUGCAUCGUUUUUGACACGUAAGGCACACAACAGGGCAGUAAACGAAAUAGUCAUGUCAAAUAACAAAAGCCAGCUGUUUAUAUAUUAUACAUAUAUAUGUGGGUGAAUGUGUGUGGGAGUGUGCGCAUAACCUUUUUCCCCUUCUUUUUUAUUUUGCUUGACGCUUAUUGCUGUUCGUUAAUUGAAUGUGUCAUUUGAGAUUGACUCCAGUCUAAGAGCUGAAUCUUGCAUUUGGAUCGCUUCUUCCCGUGUUUGAAAUUCGAGCUGUGUUUUUUCACAAGGCAGUACCUCCUGGUGCGUGAGUGCAAUAUUGUGGUCUGAAGAUUUAACAAUCAAUGCUAUUUUGUACAGCUUUGCAAAAAUGUACAUGUUGUGACUGCUGAUUCGUGGAGCUUGUCAGCACCAAGAGCAAAAUGUAAACAUUCAUCGUUCAGGCACAUUUGCAAGACAACUUAAGCCAUACACUUCCCUGAGGUAGACAUAAAGUUCAUCCAUGUUUUAUAGUACUUAGUUCAUGACAUGGGGAAAAGAAAAAAAGAAAAAAAAAAAAGAUGUUCCGAUUGUAUGUUUUUCUGUUUGUUUGUUUGUUCUUAUCCUCAAUUUAUUGGGCAGAUGAACAGAGAUAUAUGCGGGAUGGAAAUUGUUUUGAAAUCCAUUGAAUUUUAAUGUGUCAGUUAAAAAAAAAGCAAAAAAAAAAGACGAAGAAAUUGUACAUUAAAGCCUAAAAUACUAUUUUGGCAGUCAUCAGUCUGUAAGGUUUUAUGCCCACGUGUAAAACUGUCUGAAACUAUGAAACACUUUUUUCUGAUGACCCCCCCCCCCCCCCCUUUUUUUUCUUAGAAUCUAAAAAAUCCUUGAAUAAUAUGAAAAGAAGCAGUGGCUACUUGUAAAAAUAAAAAUGAAUCCAUUACAUUAAAUGUAUAAAAAAAACAGUUAAGGUCCCCCAAAAAAUACUUAACAGUCAUGUAAAUUUGAUAAAAGAACGGGCUAUUUCAGCGAGUUACCAUUGUUCCUGCAGCCAUGGGAGCCAAUUAGGAUCUGAGAGUGGAGGCAAAAACGUUGUUUGUCAAGGACUCAUCCUACAACAACAUAAGGAACCAGUCAGACAUAAACUCCAACAAGGUUGUUCGGGAUAAACUGGACAAAAUGUGAAUGAAUAACAAACUGCAAAGUACGUUGUGGGACAAACGUUGAGCAGCAACAGUUUUCAACAAUCUUUCAUUUUUUUAUUGCAAGAAGAAGGCGACGCGUGUGUUCGGCUGCUGAAUAAGGUCAGCGUUCUAGAAAGAAUGUACAAUAACACUUAAGGUGUUUUGACAGGUGGCGUGUAUUAACAUUUUAUUUGGGUUUUCCGUCUUGUUUUUCUGUUUGUCUUUGAAGUUUGUUUGCAUUAUUUCAUUUUUUUUUUUUACGUUCAAUUUUGUUGUAUUUUUUAUUGAAGAUUGUAAAUUAUUUGUUUGUGUUUUUUUUUUGUUUUUUUUAUGUUGUGACACAUAGUGAGUGGGAUAAGAAUGAAAUAAGGGACCCAGUUCUCAGAAUCUAUAGUUCAAUUCACUUUUUUCGGAUGUAUAAUUCAAAAUAUUCAAAUUCAAACGGCAACGACUGGUGCAAAGACAUAGCAGUCGCCCUGAGGAAAGGCCUUUUUGGAUGUAACUUAGGGCCCUCCUUACUUUUGCAGUUCACUUUUCAAAUCUUCCCAUUGAUUAGCAGCGAUUAACAUACAUGGAUACGUCAAAACGUGUUUUUGGAUAUUUGUUUUUAAAUGUAUGAAAUGUUCAAAUGCAUUUGUACCGAAGUGUUCAGACUUGUUGCUGUGGGACUUCAGAUUGUGGUCAGGUGCCUCCUUUUUGCUUUAAUUAUCCGGCCGCUCACCUGUGGCUCGUUGAGUUGAUUGGACACAAACCAUGUGGUUCCCACAAUUCAUUAAACUCCAACUGGGGCAAAGUGUGGAUCAUAGACGCGGGUAUACAACCUUCUCUAGGAGUUUUGAGUCUUUAAAGGAGCCCAGUGGCCUGAAUAAUACAAAAAAAAACAAAAUAAGUUUGGAACCAGGACUCCCUAGAGUCUUCAGAGUUGGCAUCCAGCUAAAAUGUCCGGCCACACGAAAAUUGCCUUGAGAAGGGGAGGUGACCUGAGAAACUAAGAGCUUCAGAGGUCCUUAAUCAGGUAUGAGAGAACACAACAGAAGAACACAUUGUCACUAUUUCGUCAAUCUGACCCUAAUUGUAGUUUGGCUGGAAGGAGUAAAGCAAGUGGGACACAGCAGCUGAUAAGACAAAUGUUAUUUAACCCUCUGAGCAGAGUUGUGUGGCGAACAGACUUGAGAGAGGCAUGAAUGAAUAAAUGAAGGAAGAAAAAUCGGCCAAAAUCCUAACGCCCUUUAAAUAUUUUGGCAAAACCUAUAGUUUGAUGACAUUGGGAAAACAAGUUAGGAUCAUAGCAGUUGUUUUUUUCUUACCCUGAGCAUUAAUUUUGUGCUUUACAGGGAGAGUUUUGGCCGCACAAAAGGCAACGAGUAGCCGUGAAACAUGAGUGACAUAUACCCAUGAUCAAAUGGAACAAAGACGACAAACUGGCCGACUAGUGCUGAAUACUUACUCCCUCAAUCUGAUGUUUUCAUAGGGAUUAAAAAGAGACCACAUUCAAAAGGUGUAUUACCUUGACUAGCACAGAAUGUGGAUUUCUAAAGUUGUUUUAACCACUUGGCUGAUGUAAGUACACUAUUCAACUAAAUCUAUGACAUUAGUCUGAUCGCUUUGUGGAUAUUUUAAAGCCGAAACGUUAUAUAUUAUGACUUUAAACCCCACGUUUGGAGGGACUGAUGGAGCUCAAAGAAAAUGUGCGAAUAAGAGGAGAAUAAACCAGGAUAAUCCAGGUGUGUGAGGCAUGUGGAGACUUGCACAAAGGCGUGAAUCUGUAAUUGCUGGAAAGAAGUUUGUGAUCUGAAUACUUUUGUAAACGUCAAUUUUCAGUAUUUUGAAGAAAAAAAAAUAAUAAUCCAAAAGCAUGUUUUUACACCUUGUUGCUAUGGGGUUUAGAGUCAUUAUUAAUUAACUUUUUUUCCAUUUAAAGAACAAUCCAGUAAAGUGUGCAAAAAGUAAAGGGUUUUGAAUAAUUUAUGAAUCCACAGCAGCUGCUGCAAAUCUAAUUGCAUCCACACACGCAACUUAAAUGGCUGUCUCUGGAUGUGCAUUCCCGUCAUGUUGUAGAAAUUGGCUCUGGCUCCGUGCGACGAUUGAGGAUCCAUUUAUGUCGUCAGUCCUCAGGAAGCUGUUAAAUACCUGAGAGGUGCUUUUAUAAAAUAACAACAUUGUCUCUGAUUUAGAAACUCCUAUACGCCACAACAAAAUCCAAUGAAUUUCUGCUGAUUCACAGCUACAAGUAGUCCCAAUAUUUAAUUGUAUUUAAUUUAUAAAAAAAAAAAAGCGCUGGGGAGCUGUCGUUUCAAAAUAUGCUAAGGAUGACAGCUUUUCUUCAGAGGAAACUAAGUAAACAGCAGCUGAGGAAGGAGCACAGUGGACCAAUGGAUAGCAGUAAAAUGUACUCUUUUGUGACCGGUACAUCUGCUUGAGCGUAGAUAGUAGCCGCGGUCCUAAUCAUCCUGCUGCAGCUCAUAUAGCAACUUUUUCUGAGGGGCUGACACUGUGGUAACUGCAAGCUGUUUCAAAGACCCGUGCUAUUGUUGGAGUUCAUCAGACCCAGCACUAAAAUUGGAGCUUGCUUGUAUUACCACAGCAUAACACGUUACCGAACUGUUGCCAUGGUAUUAUUAUUAUUAUUAUUAUUAUUAUUAUUAUUAUUUAUUAAAGUGCCUGUUAUCUAUCCCUUUAACUUGUUUAAAGCCUGAGAAAAAUAUUUAGAUAUUACACGAUGAGCUUCAGAGUUUAAGAGCGUACAUGGUUACGUCCAGACGUGUAAUCUCCUUCAUGGAGGUUUGUGCAUGUGGGGAAAGUCAGCCACCAUAGAAACAAAGUACCAAACACCGUCCCUGAAAUUAAACUUUUUAGCGACGCUGUUUUUAAAAUAAUGUUUCCCCUUCCCCCUCCCCCCUGUUGUACAAUAUACUUGUAAAUAUUAACUCUGUUACCGUAACACGGCUCUGCUACAGUGACAAUAUUAUAUAAAAUAUAAAAAAAAAACGUGGAAAAGUAAUACAAAGACUACUUAAAAAAAGAAAAAAAAAGCCCUCCAUUUGACUACAUUAGCACAAAACACAGGGCGCCUAUGUCUUUAUGUAAUUAAUUAGACUCACGACAAUGUAUGACUGUUUUUAUAUUGUCAAAACAUGCUGUACAUUUCAGUUUAGUUCGAGCCACUUGCAAGGUCCAUAAAACAAGCACAUUUACUCGUACGGCGUUAUGCUACCACAGUGUUGCUUCGAUGUGUUCAUGACUCUGUCUGAAGAUUUUUACACCUAAUACCUUGCCUGUGUAAUUUUUUGCUGUUCUGUUUGGAUCAUUAUAUCGGCUUAUUUCAAAUGAAUGUUUCAUAUAAUAAUCUAUUUCUCAUUAAAAGGCUAUAUUUAA